AUGAAUACGGUGCUGACGAGGCCCUCAAUCCCUGCGGGGAGAACUCCGAUCAUCAAGGUCCCGGAGUCGGGCCCCUCAUCUCACCUUCUCGCGGGGGCUCGCGCCAGGGGAAAUUUGGAUCCUUUUUCACCAGUCAAUGAGAAUGGGAGCUUCGAGUUUGAUCGGGUCGUGAAGACAGGCAGGGUCCAGCGCCGAGUCAAACACAAACACGUCUUCCGCGCCUCUUGGAAAUCAGCAUACCUCGUCCUCCGACCGAAUCUCCUAUCCGUCUACAAAGAUGAAGAAACCACCCGCCUUCGAGUCUCAAUCCCCCUCUCCGAAGUGACUGCGGUCACUCCCGUCAAGUCAGCGCGCUCAACCCGGAAACACGUCUUUGGAGUCUUCACCCCGGCCACCAACUACCGCUUCGAAGCGCCGACACAACGCGAUUCCGAGGACUGGAUCCAACGCAUUCGCGCCGAGACCCCUGGAAACGAGGAUGAGCAAGCGUUUCUAGCCUUGACCAACCGUCACGCCCCUCCGGCCAUCCAUAAGCAGCUGGUGGACGAGACAACCGACCACUCCGACUUCGAUCUCGCCGGCCGCGCCAGCUCCCCUGAGCCACGCUAUACCCGGUCAUCACGCAGUCAUGCUCCGAGCCUCCCUUACAUCCAGGAUUACUCGGGUAAUGAGGGCAACGGCAAUGAAGCCUCUUUCUCAGAGUUCUCCGACGGUUCUCCGCCAACGCGCAAUAGCCAUCUACGAUCCAUGCCAUCGAUUCACUCGCUUUCCCUUUCCGCACCAGAGGACAAGCUAUCACCUCUUCCUCGCGACACAACCAAACCAUCCGAUAUGAGCAUUCUCAGGGAUCCCGAGCGCGUCGCCUGUCAGGGGUACCUGCAGGGGCUACGUAUCCAAGGGACCGUGCGCCAGUGGAAGCGACUGUGGGUUGUGUUGCGUCCGAAAAGUUUGGCCUUUUACAAGGAUGACGCAGAGUAUUCUGCGCUGAAGAUCAUUCCCAUGGCACAGGUUUUCGAUGCGGCCGAGGUGAACCCUCUGUCAAGAUCGAAGACGUUCUGCAUGCAGAUCAUCGCCGAGGAAAAGACCUAUCGGCUUUGCGCGCCGGAUGAAGAAUCCCUCGCGCUCUGGUUAGGUUCUUUGAAGAGUAUUCUUGCUGCUCGUCGGAAAUUGGAUCCGGCCUUGGGAAGCUCCCUGUAA